AUGAUUUAUUUUUUUAACCUUUUCUUCAUCAUGAUGAAUCCUAUCACAAGCGUGUUGAGUAAAGUGUCUGGUUUACCUGAACCUACACUUCGAUUGUUACUCACAUUGGUACUGGCUUAUCCUACUGCCAAUCUAUACCACACACGAUUCUCGACUCAACAUGCGUCCACACCUCAAGAGCGCACUCAAUUUAUUUUAUUAUCAGGUCUCGCACUCAAUUUUUUUUUUAAUGGGUUCAGUAUCAUUCAUACAUUGAUCACAGUCGGCGCUAGUUAUGUUAUCUGCCUUGUUGUCGGUGAACAACUCGGUGACCGUAAAUUAGCAGCCACAGGUGUGUGGAUCUUGAAUGCCUUGUAUUUGUUGUUGGGUUAUUACUUUAUGCAGACAGAUGAUUAUGAUAUCACUUGGACCAUGACACAAUGUAUUUUGUGUUUGCGUAUGAUGGGAUUCGCAUUUGAUUAUUAUGAUGGACGUCAACGGGUGACCAUGGCUGGUCCUGUUCAAACAGGUGAGACGAACAAGACAGCCAUCCGAAAAACAGCCGAUAAGAAGCCGCCUGUGGUUCUGCCCUUGUCUUUCUUGGCUGACACACCUCUGACGCACCUUCCUACCUUUGUUGAACUUUUGGCUUAUUGUGUGUUUCCUUCUGCUUUCCUGGUGGGUCCUCAAUUCUCUUAUUCGCUAUUCAAGAAAUGGAUCCAAACAAGCUAUUUAGACUUGACAUUAGAACAAAAAGAGGAAAGAGAGCGUGCUCAAACAGCCUAUGUGAUUCGCUGUGUUGCUUUGGCCGUUGUCUAUCUGGCCUUGCAACAAACAGUGGGUGCUGCUUAUUCUACUUCUUAUCUGUUGACUGAAGAAUACCAGUCAUUUGGAUUCUUGAAGCGUGCCUUGAUUUUUGUUGUUGCUGGUGCCACUGCAGCUUAUGGUAUUUCCUAUGAAGGGGACGAUGAAGAAGGACAUGCUCUCUUUGGCGGUUUAGCUAACACAUUGCCUGCCACUUAUGAAACAGCGACUUCCAUCGACCAUAUCAUCAGUGCCUUUAAUAUCAACACGAAUCUCUGGUCCAAAUAUUACGUCUUUAAACGUCUCAAAUUCCUUGGUAACAAACAAGCCUCUCAAUUCGGUACCUUGUUCUUUUUGGCCAUUUGGCAUGGUUUUCAUAUCAUGUACUUUGUUACGUUUGCGCUUGAAUUUCUCUAUGUGGCAUGCGAACAAGUCCUUCGUGCCCGUCUCUUGCCUGUUGUUCAACCUUAUACCAAACAAAAUGAAGUGUACUUUUAUGCAUGGAAAGCCCUCGCUUGGCUUACGUGUCAAUUGACCAUCACGUAUGCUGUAGUCGGCUUUGAACUCCUGAAGGUCGGUAAAUCAUUCACGGCUUAUAAAAGUGUCUGGUUCUUGGGUCAUUUGGCUAUCCCUCUGAUUUUAGGUGCACAUCACUUUUUACCCAAACCUAGAGUGAAAAAGACGGCUUAG